ACUCCGCAGGUGACGUAUGUGUUGUGCUGGAGCAGCAGCUCGGCGGCGGUGACGCGUCUGGGUAGGGAAAGCUCGAGCCGGGGCUCUGUGUGUGUGUGUGUGUGUGGGUGGAUCCUGGUGAGCACUUCUCUGGCUUGAGAGCGGGAUAACUGUCAACAUGUCCGGGGAUAACGAAGACACGCAGACGGCCGAGGACACAUCGGUGGAUGAGAAGGAGGUCCAGGAGAAGGUGAUCAGUCCGGAGAAGGUAGAGGAGGCUAAACUGAAGUCCAGAUACCCGAACUUAGGAAAUAAACCUGGAGGAUCGGAUCUGCUUCGCAAGCGCCUCCAAAAAGGGCAAAAGUACUUUGACUCAGGCGACUACAACAUGGCUAAAGCCAAGAUAAAGAACAAACAGUUGCCAACAGCUGCACCAGAGAAGACAGAGAUCACAGGGGACCACAUCCCCACCCCCCAGGACCUGCCCCAAAGGAAACCCUCCCUGGUUGCCAGUAAACUGGCAGGCUGAUGCACCCGCAGCCCUGACAGCUCCUUCAGUACCUCCCUGCCCUAACCCCUUCCACUCAAGUCUCAGAGCUUUCACAUUACCUCUCCCGCCCCCCCUCUCUCCCACAGUUCCACCUGUCCCCAGUGUCUGCCUGGACCCAUUUCGAUAAAGUCCCACUCCUACCACUCAGUGAUUCGGCUGGCUAAUCCUUUUUUAAUUUUUUCAUUACUUCCAUGUAUUAUCAUACACUGAAAGACAGGACAUCCAAGUGUGAGUGUGAUGAACAUACUGUGACUCUUCUGUACGAGGGAUGGAUGAUCGAUACCACAGCAUUUACUGCCCCAAGAGAGGGGCAAGAAGCAAAAGCUGCAUCUUGAGUGGUUAGAGGGCUUUUGGUAUAUACAUCAGGAUUCCACACAGGAGUGUGUACGUAUGUAUGCGUGCAUGUGUGUGUGUUUGCUUUUGUUUGACACAGGAGCAGACGUCAGCCUUUUAGAAAGUUUAACAUCAUAUUUGUAUCAUUCACUGUAUGUCCUUAUUCUAAAUUAUGCUGUCAAUAGGCUUGAGUGAUUGAUUGAGUAUAGUAAUCCAGAGGCCAAGCUCAGUUUUGUUAACACUGAUUGUGAAAGGGGAGGGGGGGGACCACACGGUGAAGGCCACAGUGUCAUCAAGAACUGCAUAUAUGAUGCAGGGCUCCUUUAUGCAUACCUCACUGAGCUCAAUUCAUGAAGGUGCUGACAUGUGCAGACAUAUAAACAUGCCGAAAAAAUCUCUGGUGCUACAUCAAAUCUCUGAGUGGCAGAUCUAUGGUUCAUUCAAAACAUUGAAUCUAAAAGAAGGGGAUGCCAUUGUGGGCUUCAAUCUGAAAUGUAAUGUUGAAACUUUGCACUCUCUGUGAUGUGCCAUGCAGUUCAGCCUCAGGAUGACACCGUCCUCUCCUUGGGUCAAAAUGUCUAGUUUGAGUGACUCAUAACCGUGCUGGUAGUGGGGUAUACAGGACCUGAAAGCUCCUGUCAGUAGGGACCAGUCUUUGUGCUGUGUGAGCAACACAUCUAUUGUUAAAAAAUUACUAGGAGCCUCUCUUGGCAUUGGUAACAAGGAGUUUAAUGAAAUAUGUUCAUUGAUCUCGGGAGGGGAAAUCUUCUUUACUCAUACAUUAAAGUCAUUUUAUCUUUAAAUUGUCCUCGGCCCCCAGUAGUGCUUUUCAAGGGUCCUUGCUGACUGGAUGAAGUUUACCUGUCAUGUGGUAAAUCUAAGCUAGCACUACAUCCAUCUGAGCUGUGCAUGUAUGUGGCUGCCCUGCUGUCACUUUAUGCCAUUUUGUUUUGUAAAUAAAAUAGUUUUGCACAAAUGUAUAA